UUAGUUCAACGCGACCACUAUAAUAAUAAAUAAAUCGUCUUCACGCGGAUGAAGGCCACAUUUAAAACAACUAACCAAUAAUAUAUAAAUACAAUUUAAUUGCAUUACAGUAUAAUGUUAUUUUAAUUUAUUAUAAGUGAGUUCAAAUAUAGCGUCUGAGUUAAAGCACUAUGAUGAAAUAUGACACCAUAGUUAUCGGUCUCGGUGCUGCCGGUACAACUGCAGCUUCUGCACUCGCUAAGGCCGGCAAACGAGUCUUAGCUUUAGAAGCACAGGACAGGAUUGGAGGACGAGUCCAAACCGUGCCGUUCGGUGAUGGGGUCGUUGAACUCGGAGCUGAAUGGAUACACGGAACGGAACCCAGUGUUGUCUAUGAUUCAGCUAUAGAUAACAAUGUUAUGGUAUUACCACAGGAUAUUUACCUUAAUGUGUAUAAAUCUGACGGCACUCCCGGUAACUCAGAACUGAUAAAUGAAUUGGUCGACUAUGCCCUUGAAAUGACAUCCAAUAUCACAGGCCCAGCGAGGCCAUUAGGUUUAUAUCUGACUGAUAAGUUGAACGAGUAUAUCAAAGAGAGACAUCCGGAACUGGUACACGAUCGUGAGUUUUUGAGCGAGUUCCUAUCGAUAAUGGACCUUAUUGUAGACAACUUAGAGUCCUCUAACGAUUGGUACGACGUUAGCACCUUGACGAAUUACAGGGAACUGGGAGGUCACCAGCAUAUGAGCUGGCACAGGCAUGGUUACAAGACAUUCUUCGAUAUUCUACUGAACACAUAUGAGAACGGCCCCGGCUGGCCGACGUUGGACAUCAAAUUGAACAAAGAAGUGAAAUUAAUAAAAUGGCCGCGAGAUUCGUCUGGAGACGUUGAGGUGACCUGUGCUGAUGGAAGUGUCUUCACCGCUGAUAAUGUCAUAGUGACGGUGUCACUCGGAGUGUUGAAGGAGAGAAAAACGAGUCUAUUCGAACCGUCGCUGCCGGCGGGAAAAAUUAAAGCAAUCAACGUGAUUCCUAUAGGAGUUAUGAACAAGAUUAUGUUGAAAUUCGAUAAAUUAGACCUUCCGAGCGGUAACUUCUACGGUUUCCUUUGGAAGUCUGAGGACAAGGCGCGCGUUUGUCCCGAAGACGGCUGGACAACAAAGAUUUUCGGCGCCAGCACUCCGUUGAGCAAUACUAACGUGUUGACCCUCUGGACGAGCGGGAUACAUGGGCUUUUGGUGGAGGCCAUGCCAAGUGACGUCGUGAUGAAGAAGUCAAUGGAACUGAUAAGGAGAUUCAUGGGGAAGGUCGCGGAUAUCCCGGAGCCGACUGGCAUAUUGAUGUCCAAGUGGUUCUCUAACCCGUAUACCAGAGGCAGUUACACCUACGACAACCUCGUAGUCACUGACUAUCCUGAUGCUAGGGCCACCUUGGAAGCUCCCCUGAGAGAUUCCACCGGAGCCCUAAAAGUCCUAUUCGCGGGUGAGGCGACGAAUAGCAAUCACUUUUCGACCGUUCACGGCGCCAGCGAAACCGGUCUGAGGGAAGCGAAGCGUAUUUUGCCGAACAGCAAGCUCUAAAACGCAAUAAAAAAACUAAGGCUGGCCAUAAAUAUUUUCAUAUUAUACGUAUUUCCCCAAACUUAUUCGUAGCCCGACAUUUUUCACGAAUGUUUAUAUUUUGAUAGACAUAUCUUAUUAUAUACUCGUCUCAAUAUACAUUUACCCGACUGACGGUCGUUUCGUACACUUUAUACAGCUUUAUUAUAACGAUCCAGAGCA